AUGGGCCUUCAACAACCAUGGCUUUCCUACAAUCAACUAUUUAACCUCUUCUUCUUCUUUCUCUUCCUUUGCCAACUCACUUGUUUGCAUGCCAACCUCUGCACUCAAGAACAGACCUCUGCGCUGCUGCAGUUUAAACAAAAAAUUUCCUUCAAUAAAUCUGCUUCUCGAGAAUGUGAUGAUGAAUUUGGAAUCACUUCUUUUCCAAAGAUGGAGUCUUGGAAAAAGGGUUCUGAUUGUUGUUCCUGGGAUGGAGUUGAGUGUGACAAAGAGACUGGUCUAGUAAUUGGACUCGACCUUAGCUGCAGCUGGCUUCGAGGCACCAUCCAUCCUAAUACCAGCCUCUUCCUCUCCUUUCCCCACCUUCGAAAGCUCAACCUUGCUUAUAAUGACUUUUCCAUGUCUUGCAUCCCACCUGAAUUCACUCGGUUCACCGAAUUGACACACCUCAAUCUCUCUCGGAGUGGUUUUUUUGGCAUAGUCCCACCUGGAGUUUCCUUCCUAAACAAACUAGUGUCGCUUGAUCUCUCUAAAAAUUAUGGUUUGAGAUUGGAAGAAGGCGGAUUCCAGUUACUCAUUCAAAAUUUAUCCAAGUUAAGAGAUCUUAAUCUUUACAGAGUAAAUAUGUCUUCUUCGGUGGUUCCAAAAUCCCUCCUCAAUUUGACUUCUUUAAGAAGCCUCUAUCUCGGACAAUCUGGUUUACAUGGAGAAUUCCCCAACGGAAUAUUCCACUUACCAUAUCUACAAAACUUGGAAAUAUGGCAUGAUGAGGGUCUGACGGGUUAUAUACCCGAUUUCAUCAAUGUGACCUGUCCGCUCCAGAAAUUAGUUCUGUUCAGCACAGGUUUUUCUGGAAUACUGCCGGACUCAAUUGCUAAUAUGAAGUCCUUGGAGCUAUUGGUGGUCAUGAAUUGCAAAUUCCACGGAUCCAUUCCUACUUCUCUCUGGAACCUUACACAAAUCACUUAUUUGUACCCCUCAUCCAACAAUUUCAGUGGUGUCCUCCCAUCUUCGAUUUCAAACCUUAAAAAUCUCAAUUCAUUAGCCCUUACAAAUAAUUAUUUCACAGGUCCCUUCUUUCCAUGGGAUGCUAUCUUGCCACAACUUGAGUUCUUGGAUGUAUCAGACAAUAGUCUCACUGGUCCUCUUCCUUCACAAGUAGUUGUACCUCCAAAUCUAAGAUAUUUGAUCAUAUGCCGAAACAUGAUCAACGGUACAAUCCCAUCUUGGGUCUUCGAAUUACCCGCACUUGAGUACUUAGAUCUCAGUUAUAACAAACUGAUUGGUCAUACACUUGAGUUUCAAUCCUCUUCGUUGAAGAUUAUUGAUUUGAGUUAUAAUGACCUAAAUGGUAGUGUUCCAAAUUCAACCUUUGAACUCCGAAACCUUACCCACCUUAUUCUUUCUUCAAAUAGCUUUUCUGGCACCAUUCCUAGAUCAAAUAGAUUCAGUGAAAAUCUCAAUGUACUUGCUUUAAAGAUGAAUAACUUCUCUGGCACCAUUCAUGAUUCAUUUACCAGAAGAAAUAGCUUGAUAACUAUCAAUCUUUAUGGCAAUGAAUUUGAAGGGCCAAUACCCAAGUCUCUGAUUAACUGCAGAAACCUGGAAGUGCUCGAUCUCGGAAGAAACAAUUUCUUUGAAGAAUUUCCGCAUUGGUUGGGAAAUUUACCGAACUUGCAUGUCCUAAUCUUGCAAUCCAACAAAUUUCAUGGAUCGAUCGUGACUUCCACGACCGAAUUUCCCUUCCCCAUGUUGCGAGUUCUUGAUAUGGCGAACAAUAAUUUCACUGGUCCAUUGCCCAUAAAGUACUUCAAAAGUUUCAAAGCAAUGAGGAAUGUGGAUGAGCAUUUUGAUUUGGAGUACAUGGGAAAUGAUAGUUUACGUUAUUAUGAUUCUCUGACUAUAGUAAUCAAAGGAUCGACCAUUGAAAUGAAAAAAAUCCUUAAAGUUUUCACAGCCAUUGAUUUAUCAAGGAACAAGAUUCAGGGUGAGAUUCCUGAGAUCAUCGGUGGGCUAAAUUCGAUUCGAGGACUGAACCUAUCUCACAACAGCCUCACAAGUCAUAUACCAAAGUCGCUUGGUAAUUUGACUAAGCUGGAAUGGUUAGACCUCUCAUCAAACAAGCUCACUGGAGAGAUCCCUCGACAACUCACGAAUUUAACUUUUCUCGGAACGCUUAACCUUUCGCAAAAUCGCCUAGCGGGGCCUAUACCUCGAGGCAAACAAUUCGAAACAUUUUCAAAUGAUUCUUACAUCAACAACUCGGCGUUAUUUGGGCCUCCAUUGUCGAAUACAUGUGGUGAUCCUAAGCCAACACAGCCACCACCGUCGACAUUUGAAGAAGAAGAUUCAGAGCCCGUGAGUGGAUUUGGUUGGGAAGUCAUAUUGCCAGGCUAUGGAUUUGGACUGGUGUAG